AUGGAGAGCUUCAUGGAGUCACUGAACAGGCUGAGGGACAUCCACGAGAGGGAGGUCCUGAGCCUGCAGAACAAGCUUUUGGAACUCAACUCAGAGAGGUGCCGGGAGGCCCGGCGAGUGGAGGAGCUGUGCGCCAAGAACCAGCAGCUCAGGGAGCAGCAGAAGGCUCUGAAGGAGAAUGUGCGGGUGCUGGAGAACAGGCUGCGGGCCGGCCUCUGUGACCGCUGCUCGGUCACCCAGGAGUUGGCCCGGAAGAAACAGCAGGAGUUUGAGAGCUCCCUCGUCCAGAGCCUGCAGCACGUCUUUGUCCUCACCAACGAGAUGACCCGGCUGCAGGAAGAGAAUGAGACCUUGAAGCAGGAGGUGACCCGGCUCCGGGGCCCAGGAGACAGGCCCCAACCCCAGGGCAGGGAGGACGCCUUGGACACACCCCCACCCCUGCUGCUCCCCUCCCCUGGUGCCCGGAAGGCUGUCACCGAGAAGCUGCUGGGAGGCCAGGAGGGCGCCGAGGACGACCACUCAGGUACAGGCCCACGGGGAGAGGAGGCUUUGGGGUACAGGACGUCUCCAGUGGCUAAAACCUCCCCGGGCGCCAACCUCCCUGAGCCUCGGGCCCCAGAUAUGAGCCCACAGCGCAUCGCCAACCAGCUGCACGGGACCAUCGCCGUGGUGAGGCCAGGGGCCCGGGCCUGCCCCGCCGACCGGGGCUGCACCAACGGGACACCUCCGCUGCCGCCAGCCAGGAGCAGCCCGCCCAGCCCGCCUUGCGAGCACAGCCUCCCCCUGGACAGCUUCCUGCGGGCCACCCGGCCCUCCGCCAUGACUGACGAGUCCCCGAAGGGCUCCCUCCAGGCUGACCGCCUCUGUCUCCUGAAUCGCCACCUGUCCCUGCACCUCCGGAGUCCCCACAGCAGCAGCAGUCCCCGGGCCCCCACCAUGGGCCCCCAUGGCUCCCGGACCCAGAGCCCGAAGGCCGGGGAGGCAGAGGCCUGGGAUGACCCCGGGGGCCUGCCCGGCAACCUGGCGGACAUGCGGGACCCGCGGCUGGAGGGGGCGCUGCAGCUGCUCCUCGCCCAGCAGCUGCGGGCGUGGGGACGGGCUGGCAGUGCCAGGCCGAGGGGCCCCCCCAGGCAGGGGCUGGUGCCAACCUCGCCCCCAGGCGGCUCUGACUCUGAGGGCCCAGAGAGGGAGACGGCCGGGGUGGCCCUGCCCGGGGGGCGGCUUCCACAGCCCACAGGCCCGGCGGGGCCCAGCGGGAAGACAGUCACAGCCACACAGGACCAUGGCCCAGACAAGCCCCUGGACCUCUCAGAGUGGGGCCGGGGCCGGGAUGCCCCCAAGCCCUCUGGCCGACUGAGGUCUCUCAGCCCCAAAGCUGCCCGCACUCCCAGUCCUGAGCCGCCCCAGGGAGCAGAGCCCCCUGCCCAGCCUGGACCCUUGGGUUGCAGCCAUGGCUCCAAGGGGGCCAGAGCAGCAGAGCUGGAAGAGCCCCGCACUCUCGUGGAUCCCGCACGUCCUCUCCCGGGGCCCCACCCCAGCCAGCCGUCUCCAGGCCGGAUGAAAGAUGAGUCCCGAGAGAGGCCAGAACUUUCCCCCCACCCACAGAGGCCUGAUGCUGAUGGCCACGCAGAGCUCAGCAAGCCGGAGCGGCCAUGGCCGGUGUCGGCCGAGCUGGAUGAGCCAGACUCCUCAGACAGUGAGGUGGGCCUGAGCCCCAAGGCAGGGGUCACACAGAGCACUCCCGGCGAGGGGCCCAGGUGUUUCUGCACCGCAGAGCGAGGGCUCAGCCCACAGCAGAAGAGGAAGCGGGUUUCGUCCUCUGACCCGUGGGACAAAGCGGACCUGCCACCAGGCAGGCCGGCUGUGGCCGCCACAAUGCGCCAUUGUUGCCAGGAAGGUGACCGCGGCCUGUGUUUGCUCAGGCCCGCGGUGGAGGAGGCCAGCACGCCUGUCUGA